AUGCGUUCCUUCCCAGAGGUGGCUACACAGCCCACAAAAUCAGCCCCAAGAGACCAUUUCCCGGAGCCUCAGAGCCCGUUGCUGUGCACAAGCCGGCCGCUCUCUCUGCUGCUCCGGGCUGGCUGUACUGACCGCAGGGGGCGGGAUCCCCCGCAGGCUCCGGGCAAUGGCCGGUCCGGCUCCAGCAGCUCAGCGGCCCUUGCACCGGCCCUUUCCCGCGGGCAAACGGGAGCGACCAGCGCCCCGAGCCCGGCUGCACCGCCCGAGGCGCAGAGCCCGGCACCCGCAGGCUCCCGGCCGGAGGCGUCUCCCGCGCGGACCCGGGUAACCAGUGCGCGGGGCUGCGACCGGGCAGCUGCUGGGAUCCCGGGAGCCGCCGCCCCGCCCGGAGCCGCGUCCCAGGGGCGGCAGCCGCAGCUCAGAGGCUGGGCUCCUCCUGCGCUCUCCGACCUCCCCGGCAAUGCUAAUUUCCAUCCCCAGAAUGCAUUGCGCACCCUCAGCCGCGUCCCUGGUGCGCCGGCCCGGUUUGGGCCCGGAGACCCUGGUUCGGAGGAGCAAAGGCGCGGUGUGAUGGGGCCGGUGCACCGGGCUGUAAACAGGCGGGGUUCAGGCCCCGGUCAGUGUGGUCACCGUGAGAUGCUCUUUGGGGAAAUCGAUUAUUGGUCUGACAAUGCAUGAUCCCUGCACUAGGAGGUGGGUAAUGAGGCCGUAAACCUUGGAAAAUCACUGACAAUCAAAUGAAACCUGAAGUCAAUAGAAGACCCUGAAAGGCCCUUGGGGAGUUGAGGGCAAGUUGAGGAAGCAUGACGUUGAGGAAGACUUUCCUACACAGCUUCCCUCUCAAUUCUUGUUUUCCUGAGUUGAGUGAAAAAGUCAGGAAUCAGCUCUACCCAAUGUGCAGUGGUUAGACAAGAAACAGCAAGGGACUGAACUGGUAAUGAGUGAAACUGCAAAUAUCUUAUG